GAAAAAAUGGAAGAAGGAGGGUUGUUCAAUUUACAAGUAUGCAUUUUGUAUAUGCUACAUAAUUAAUUUAUAUUUCUCUCCAAAACAUGAUUAAAUCUUUAAAAAGCAUUUCAAUAUUGAGGAAUUUAAAACCUACAUGUCUCCAUCAUUUGAAGAAGAAAGGAAAAAGUUAUGUUUUAUCAGCGAAAAGGCCGCCUCCAAGGGCGGGCUCCUGGACAGGAAACGGUUGCUGAAGACCUGCAGGCUCCGCCAUUUUCUCCCUCGCUGUGAUAUUUUCUAUGGAUUUGGGCUUCUCAGGACACAUAAAGAUAUCCUCCAUCCAAGACCAAUAUUUGAUAUAAGUGAAUGUGGCAGUGUAAAGGGUGUUCAGUCGCUGUGCAAAACUGAGACGUAGAAGGAUGAAUGCCCCGACACUUCUCAAAGUCAUCCUGGGUGACAACAGCAGCCAAAGGAUGACUUUUCAAAAUGGACUCCCAGGAUCUGUUAAUGAACUUGUUAGUGAGGUACAAAGACAAUGUGGACUUGACUAUGACUUCAGACUUCAGUUUAUGGAUGCACUAUUUGGAAAUGACUUCAUGAACCUCACUUCAAUGGAUGAAGUACAGGAUAGAGGGACAAUUAGAGUGAUUGCCAUGACAGAUUCCUCAACUCCUCAGUGUGCUAAUAUCCUUCCCACCUCAGCUGCCCAUCACUCCCUUAAUGAAUCCUCAUCCCUGUCCAGUGGAUGUGUUGACACUGACAUACUCUCUUCACCGGAGUCAGAGUCAUCCGGCUCUCGGUCAUCUUGGCCGAGCAUCUUUCGUGUUCCUCAGUUUAGUUAUGAUGCUGAGUUGAAACUUGCGCAGGGCAAUGCAGCUUACAGGGAAAAGGGUACAUUGUUUAUUCCUGAUCCUAAACUGAAGUCGAACAUUCUUGAGGGCCUAGUGCAAGAAAUUGUUAAGUACAAACUUUAUGUUUCUGACAAAGACUUUAACACAGUUGGAGAGGCUCUAAUCUCAAAGCAUCCUUGCCUGACUGAGAAAGGCUCCCUCUCUGGAUAUGCUGGAUGGAAAUGCAGCUUGAAGAACAAACUGGCAAUCUACCGCACUCACCUAAGAAAGCUUGGAUGUCCUGAGGUGACAAUAAACUCACUCAAGCACAAACCAGAGGGCAAAUCAAGCCCUGCUUUUGGCAUUAAAAAACCAAGAAGGUCUGAAGUGAACUACUGUCCCCCCUAUCCUACUGGAGAAUCUGAGAAGAGUCUUGAGAGUGUGAGAAUGGAGCUUCUUUCAGAUGUUAAGAAGAAGAACAACAGGGAAGCAGUAAGGAUGAAAAUGGAAAAGACAUUUGCAUAUAGGAGACAGGAAGUGGUUCGCGACACACCAAUGAUAAGAGACUUCCAGACGAGAUGGCCAGCACUUUUUGAAGUAGGCGAGAUAAAUGCUGAAUUCAAACGGAUCACAACAAUGCCCCUGCAGUCCAGAUUUCUAUCGCAAUUAGAUGUUCACUCCGAGAAACUGCUCAAAAUGUUUAAAAACAGAGGAGGACAGAUUGGCAGACGCCUAGGGGGCAUCAUUGCACCCAUGGAUGAAGAUGAUGACGUGGAUCUGGGAAGAGAAUGUGUCAUAAAGGCACUCUGCGUUUACCUGAACGAGGACCCAGAGAAUCUAUUGAGAGAGUAUGUGGCAGCAGAUGAAUCCCUCCUCCAGGAAUCCAUUGAGGAAACCACUAUGGGUAUAUACGUCUGGAAACACAGAGAUGACAGUGAAAAACCAGAGGACAUUGGCAUUGUCCUCGAGUCCCAGAUUGUGAUGCAGGAUAUGGACAGUGUUCCCUUAGCUGCUGCCAUGUUGUUUGGCCUAAUAUAUUCUUUGAACUUAAACUACCCUGCUGAACUCAAGUAUACCUUUGAAGUGCUGCAGAAGGUGGUCAUGGAGCUUGAAGGCAAUGCACUGUCCAAAAAAGCCCAAGUCCUGAAGAACAGACUUUAUCAGUGAACUGGCUAUCCAGGCUCUCGAGCUUGAUUUCUUAAGACAUACAUUAUGUCACCUACCUCUUCCAGGUGUUGGACUUUUCUUUUGGGCGGGUAGGAGGCUUUUUGUUUUUUUUUUAAAUGGAACUAUAACAUAAUUUCCCCCCCCUUUUUUUAGAGUUUGGGGUGAUUUUUGUUUACUGUGAACAUUGAAAAAAUUAUAGUGGCUUGUUUACGAUUACCAGUGUUCACAUUAUGGAACACCCUGUGGUCAUGGUCAGGCUGUGUGCUAUGUACCAUAGAGCAAAAGGACAGGUGUGUAUUCAAAUGAAAAUUCUCUGUCAGUGUGUUGUAUGUACAUAGAUGAGUUUUAAUGUGUGGUGACCGUAGCUUUGGCUUCAGGUUCUGCUAAAUGGUGUGCACAAAUCUCCCUCUGUUAUCCACACGAACCUGCACACAUUUCUGACUCCAGGGACUCUUCUUUGUUGAAGGAAAAAAAGGCUAUCCAACUUGUUUGCUUGAUUUCUUAAGACAUGCAUUAUGUCACCAUCUACCUCUUCCAGUUGUUGGACUUUUCUUUUGGGUGGGUAGGAGGCUUUU